CGAUGCCGCGAUGCUGCGUUGCGUUCGUGUUCCACGUUCCACGUUGACGAAUUGACGAUUACCUUGUUGACCCUCCACGUAGCCACGCGGCACGGUACUAGUAAUGGUAGCUGUCGCAUUAUGUCGAGACAACCUCGCAUUGUAGGACGAACCACAUCGUAGUGAGUGGAUGUGAGAUCGAAUUAAUCGGUAUUUUUAACAGAAAGAGCACCUGUCGAGCGGUGGAUUAAAAUGAAAGGAUUUAGAAUACUUCAAUUUUUUGCCGUUUCGGCGAUUGUACUCACAAUCAAUGGAGGAUAUGUCUAUGCUGAAGAAGAUGAGAAUAUUGAUGACAUUGUUGAUGUAGAGGGUGAAGAAGGCAGUAUAAUAACAGAUGAAGAAACAGUAGAAGAUACCAGUAAUGCCUCAGCUGAUGCUGAUACAACAAUACUUUUUACAAAACCUGUUUACAACAUGCUAUCUACUCUUGAAUUACCAGCUGGAAAUAUAGUGGAGUUUCUUGUGGGUUUUAUUAAUAAGGGUGAAAAUGAUUUUGUUUUGGAAUCACUGGAUGCCUCUUUCCGUUAUGCAAUGGACUUCAAUUUUUAUAUUCAAAAUUUCUCGACAUUUACAUUUAACAAGGUUGUGAAACCUAAGCACGAAGCUACAUUAGCUUAUUCCUUCAUCCCAUCUGAAAGUUUUGCUGGGAGACCAUUUGGACUGAAUGUUAAUUUGAAUUAUAGAGAUAUAAAUGGGAUUUCGUACAAUGAAGCAGUGUUUAACGAAACUGUACAAAUCAUAGAAAUAGAUGAUGGUCUUGAUGGAGAAACUAUUUUCCUUUAUAUAUUCCUCGCUGCAUGCAUUAUACUAGCCCUUGUAGGAGGUCAACAAUUGUUAUCAUCUUUGGGACGCAAAUCACGCUCUUCUACUACUCGUAAAACAGCAGUAGAAAUGGGCACAUCUAAUCCUAAUAAUGUAGAUUACGAUUGGUUGCCAAAGGAAGUUCUCAACAGAAUCAAUAAAUCUCCUAGAACUCCAAAGCAAAGUCCAAGGCAAAGAAAAGCAAAGAGAACAGCUGGUUCUGACGACUGAACGUUAUAUAUUAAUAUUUAUAUAUGUACAUUAUUUAAAAUUGAUACAGAAAAAUCUGCAUUGCGCAAGAUAAUUGCAAUAAUUUUUUAAUAAUAAUUUAAGAUUCCAAAAUUCCAAAAUUCUAGUGAAACAAAUUGUGUGAAUAAGAAAUAUUUAGUUCCAAUAAUUAAUAUAUAAAAUGUAUACAGUUUUUCAACAAAUAUGUUUCAUUGGGCAAUAUUAUGGAAAAAGCCAUUUGGUUGCAUUUUGUAAUAUAAAACUUAGGUACAUGUAUGUUUAAUAUUUCUAUAGAGACAAUAGUAUAUAAUGAUACUCAAUAAUUUGUUUUUGCACAAAAUCCACAUAUAGAGAGUUGUAUUGUACUUAGCAAAGUUACAUUUUCUCUCAGAUUCAUUAAUUGCCCAUUUUUUUGUGAUUUCCACAAAUGCGUGCAUGUGAUAAAAAUAAAGUUGUAAUCUGUAAUUAUUCUGUAAUUCUGUAAUUAUAAUAAUAUGCAAACAUUUAAUAAAAAAUCAAUUUUGUACAAAAAUAA